AUGUAUUUUGGUGCCCAGUCAAGCAUAAGGAAGUCAAAAGCACGUUUGCUGGUUGCUUUAUGUCUGCUGCACAGUUUCCUAGCACAUAAACCUGUGCUAAAGAUGCUGUCACGAAAUCUUGUAAUUGCUUCAGUGGCUGUUGUGUUUCUGGCGUCCACCAUAUCAACGGCUCCUGUUGAAGAUAAGGAGCCCGAGGAAAAUGACUUCGAAGCUGAAGAGGGUGAAGAAGAACUGUCUGAGGAGGAAGAGGAUGAUGAUGACUCCAAAGGUCAGCAUAUGAAGGGAGCCGGAUCGCAGCAGGCCACUGCAGCACCCAAAGGCUUGGGUAUGACUCCUGGCAGCGGCGUCUCGGGCGAAUCCCCAAACGGUCAGAAACUCAAUGGUGGCACUCAAACUGGCCAAGUCUCAUCAAGCAGCACAUCAGCAGCUUCAGAUGGAAGUAACGGUAGAGAUGGUUACUCUCGGCCCCCUGGAUCAAGUUCUCACGGUGCAAGUUACGAUGGACAAGAGGGGUCCAAAUCAGAGAUAGUUCCUUCAGGUGUAGGAGCUGGAGGAACGGGUGCUAAUGGAGGUUCAGGAUCAAAAGUCCCUGGCACAGACGGGGGCGUCCAUUCAGUGUCUAUUUCUGUUGUGCCAUCAGGUCAAGGGUCAUCAGGCCACAUAGCAGCAGGUCAUGGGUCAACAAUGUCAUCCAGCCACACGUUUGGCCGACCACCAGCAGGGCAGACGUCAGGUGGUGUGGAUGUCGUUUCCUCCGAGGUCCAUUCACAGCCUGCAGGGUCAGAGGGAUUCGCUCCACAAUAUGAAAAUGGGGAAACGGCUCACGAUGGAUCUCAAAUCGAGUCUCCAGAAAUCCCAGAGAUAGAAUCUAACGGUAACGGGCACAAACAGCUACUGAAUGGAGGAGAAACAGGAUUCACAGGUUUGGAUCAUUUCAUGCCAGGCACAUCUCAGAUACAAGGAACAGGUGGUUUUGAUUCAUUUGGCACAAGCCCCCAUCUGGAAAUAACAGGCAUAAUAGACCAAUCAAGCCAUGACUUCCUUGUUGGCUUAAUGGGUGGAAUAGGAGAGAGCUUUGGUCCAGACACCCAAACAGACGGUCUAGAUCACAUGGGACUCGCAUUUCAGGUGGAUUCGGCAGCCGCUGGCCUGAGUCCAGGGCACCCGUCCAGUGGCGGCCCGGUUCUAGACGCUCCUCCAGACUCUGCGGGGCCAGAUUAUGUAUCUGCUGACAGUGGGAAUGGCGAUUAUACCCAUUCAAUCAGCACGUCUGAUAAUGGAGCCCAGUCACAAUCACCGGCCGACACAACAGAUUCAUCAGUUGUCUUUGACACAAUCUCACAUCCGGGUCAUUCCUUCAUAGACUAUUCAGAAGGAGGGGCAGAUAAUAAUGGUGCAGAUUCACCCGAUACCAACGGAAACGGGAACGGUCGGCACAAACCUGUGGUAGACAUACAGAAAGGUGACCCUUCAGCCGUUCAUCUCGACGUCAGCGGAACAGGCCAUCAUGACGCUGCGCCGGAGAUGCAUCACACAGCUGGAGACCAGCAUGCCGUCAGCUCAAUUCCAGAUGCAGUCGGUGUACUUGAUCUAGUUGACCACACCCUCAGCCCUUAUGCUGACACGACUGGACAUGAUGGUGUCACCGGUGGAAGCGUGCAGACAGAUAUGGCAGGUGUGGCGAGUGAUCCGGUGACUGAAGGACAGGCUCAAACAGACGUGACGGGCCAGGGACACCUAGCUGUGACUGACGGCAUGCCGAAUUACACAGAUUCUGUUCAUGCGACUGGGACUGGAUUUACAGAUGCCUCAGAGACACAUAGUAGCAUGGUUCAGACAGACUUACCAGGUAAAUUACGUUUGAAAACAUCUGUCUCAUCAGGUGGACUGACUAUCCAGUCACAGGGGAUCCAUUCACAGGGGUUUCCUCACAGACAGACGCCAUGGGCACAGGCCAACCUGGUGCUACGGAACAGACACAGCCAGCUGUAUCAGCAGGUGAACAGUACCACACAUCUGGUCAGGGUCCUGAAGGUGCAGAAAAUGUGGAACUGGAAGAUACCUGCUGACUUCCACAUGAAGCCGCGAGUGAGGUUUCUGCGCUACAGAUUUCAGUGUACGGACCAGUACGCCUGGCAGAGGAACCGUGAACCCGCCCGCUAGACUUUAGGUCUCCUUUGUGUGUGUGUUCGUUUGUUUUAUUUUUGACUAUUUAAACAUUCAGAGGAUACUGUAACUUAACUUUUUAUUGUGCCUGUUUAUAAAAGUGCCCUGUAAGUAUUUUAUUCAUUGGUGCGCAGAAACAAAAAUCAAACUUUGAACGAGAAGUCACGAUUUAAAACGUAUUUUCAGAUGAAAUGCGCUGUGUAAAUGAAAGUUUCCCCCCCUGUAAUGUCGCUACUGUAUUUUCUUGCCUAGAUGUUUGAGCAAUAUUCUUUACAAAUGUCACAAAUUGUAUAUUGCUGAAUGUAUGUCAUUUGAAGAUAAUCUUUACAUUAAAUUGAACAUCUAUUUUGAACAUCAAA